CGCGCGCCGCCAUUUCCACUCCUUCGGUGCGACUUUUCCGGCGAGCCGAGCGCUCCUCUUCUGACGUCGGCUGCGCUCCGAGGGUGGCGAGACCGCGGAACCGCAGCCAUGACUGAGGCUGAUGUAAAUCCGAAGGCCUACCCCCUUGCGGAUGCCCACCUCACCAAGAAACUAUUGGAUCUUGUUCAGCAGUCAUGUAACUACAAGCAGCUUCGGAAAGGAGCCAAUGAGGCCACCAAAACCCUCAACAGAGGCAUCUCUGAGUUCAUUGUGAUGGCUGCAGACGCCGAGCCCCUGGAGAUCAUCCUGCACCUUCCGCUGCUAUGUGAAGACAAGAACGUGCCCUACGUGUUUGUGCGCUCCAAGCAGGCCCUGGGGCGGGCCUGUGGGGUCUCCAGGCCUGUCAUUGCCUGUUCUGUCACCAUCAAAGAAGGCUCACAGCUGAAGCAGCAGAUCCAGUCAAUUCAGCAGUCCAUUGAAAGGCUCUUAGUCUAAACUGGUGGUCUCUGCCUCACUCUCCUGGCUGAGUCCUCCCCUAAAGGUUGUGUGUCAUAUUGUCUGUGUUAGCAUGUAGUAUUUCCAGUUACCUUCUAUUGUUAUAAAAUAUUGUAGUACUAAAUCUG